AGGCCGUACUAACACAGUAACGCAACUAAUAGAUACCGUCGUACGUAACAGCUAAUAGUGGUGCAACAUCACGACCGUUCGGUGUGCGUCAAUUACGUACGACACUUGAAAAAAACGUGCCGUGUGCGGACUUGCUUCGAUUCCAGUGUUACACCAACAACAAAGUACUACUGUUUUGUUGUCAGUGUUAUCCUGUUCGCCUUUUCUCGUCGGCAUCGUAUGGCUAUCUGAUCUCUCAAUAUUGCAAACUGUUAUCAUUUCAUUCCGGGACAGCGCGCGCGUUGGCAUACGCGACACAGUUCAUCAUGCCGUCAGCAAUGUCUAAUGUCCGAAUAAGUUACCAUUGAGCCGUGAUUAGGCGAGUAAGCCGUUCAGAACAUUGGCCCUGUGAACCGCUACUAUCCACCGUCCAAAGUGGCAGUGGACGAGUCCUGUGCGCGGUUCGAUCGCAAUUGUCACUAUCGCUGUCACUAGCAACUAAAAAAACGUCGGUGCAGGCGGUACACACUAACGAACACAAAGUUAUCACCUUAAUCAUUGCCGUCUUUUCUACCGUUAGCCAUUUGCAGUAACAACAAAUAUGAGGUUUUCGGCUAGCUCUGUUCUCUGUACGGCCUCGCUACUCGCGCUAGGUGUAGCUCAAGCGAUGCAGAACGAGACCAGCUAUGAUCUGUGUCCCACCUGUGACGGUAAUCAUCAAGCGGCAAAGGAGCGACGACUAGCCGAAAUCAAGCAGUCGAUCCUUGAGAAACUCCAUCUCGAAAGGGUGCCAAACGUCACUCGAAGCGAGCUAGAGAAUAUCCCGGCAAUGAAUGAGCUAAUUUCGUCAUAUCAAGCACGAAAUGGUAGUGGUUCAGACCAAAUGUAUGGUGAUCAAAGCUACGGCUUUACGCCGAAUCCUGACUACGAUGAUUCGGAAGAUUUUUACGUUAAGCCGACGGAAGCGAUCAUCUUUACCGAUCCGGAUCUAACAGAGAAGUAUUUAGAGAUCUCCGGAUGGGUUAUUCCGGAUAAUCUGUUCCAGUUUAAGAUAUCAUCAACGAUCUUAACGCAAAGGCUCGAUAGGGCCGAGUUUCGGUUCCAUCUGCCUUGUGCUGUUAUUCACGAGCUUGGAGAUUUUACGGCCGUCAUCGAGAAAGUCAUCCGUGACGAUUAUAGCGGAUAUCGAACUAAAAAAGGUAGUGCGAAACACGUUCGAGGUCAUCAAUGUAGUCGCGAUCAUCCAGGUCGCUGGAUUCAGGUAGACGUUAGGAACGAUCUGGACAGCUGGUUUAAAACUCUUGGUGAAGAAAAUCUCGGCCUGAAAUUACGUAUAUAUGAUAACCGUGGGCGAGAUGUCAACAUCCGCUUGGCUACGCACAGCAAACAUAGGCCUCUCCUUAAGCUCACAGUUUCAAACCGCAGUAAGGGCCGAUCGCGUCGAUCCAGCUUGGCUGUGUGCGACGAAACAAAUAGACAAGUUCGUUGCUGUCGUUACCCAUUUACAGUCAACUUUGAGGAUUUCGGUUGGAACUGGAUAAUAGAACCGCGCAAGUAUGAAGCUAACUACUGCAAUGGUGAAUGCCCAUUUGUCUUCACUUCACACCAACACGUGGUUACCCAACAGGCGCAAAACUCCGCAACGACAAUGUCCGCUCAGCAGCAACACCAGGUCAGUAAAAAUCCUAUCACGCCGUGCUGCGGGCCUCGUAAGCUGAACUCGAUAUCGAUGCUGUACUUUGACGACCAAAGGAACAUACUGCAUGGUGUCCUGCCCGCAAUGGUUGUUUCAAGCUGUGCCUGCCUCUAAACGCAGAGGGAGGGCAUCGUGGUACCGCCGCGCAUCACAGACGAGAUCACAAGGUCGAAUGGGAUAGAACAGAAGCCGUUAAAAAUCUGUAUGUGGCAACAGUUAAGGCGAUAAGAAAGAUAGCAAAAAAAAAAACAGCAAAAAAAAAUAGAGAAGAACGUUUCCAAAACAAGACCAUGCCCUACUCUCACGAAACAGAGGUUGCAAAAUUCUGGAGAUAGCUUCUCCAACCGGAAACAGUUUAAUAGCUGUUCUGGAACAAGAAUUAUGGCGCGUGGGAUCACUCAUGAAGGUUUUAGGCCGAAGGCGAAAAGUACCUUUUCAAGAUUGAGCUGUUUUUUAGUGUAUUCUACUAUAGUGUAUUUGAUAGAAAUCGAACGGGUUCUAUUCACAAGUCAGGAAGGAAAAUCGUCAGUUGUUCAGAAAGGCUAAUGAAGGAGGCUUCUGGAUCUGACACUAGCGCCGCCCUCAAAUGUGCCCCCGGUGCACGAAUGACGAAAUCAGAUCAUAUGUCAGAUAACCCACCGCAGAAAAAUUGUAAUUUAGCCGUCUUCUGCUACUUUGGCAAAUUCAAUUUUCACGUUCGUAAAGAAGUAUACCGAUGCGCAUGAGUGGGCAAUAGAUAAAGGUAAAUUGUUUCCAAUUAAAGUAUAGGGGAACGUGGGACCGGCAGAACAUUUGAGCUGAUUGUCGGAUAUUACGGAAUAGGCACGAAAGUUCACGGGGAAAUUUUUGAUUAUGGGCUCUAUUUUAGUCUAAAUUGCUUUUUGUCGAUUAAGUCAACCCUGAGUGCCUAGUAUUGUAUUGGCCAGAUAGCGUGAUGUUUUUCAUUUGAUAUUUAAAAAAAUAUGUUGGACCGGUAAUAGAACUGAAGACCGGCAAAAUGCUUUUAGUCGAAGUUAUAAAACGAGGAAGCAAAAACCUUUCCGUCGCGUAAAAGGGAUAAUACUCGUCAUGUUUCAAUAACAAAAAAAGUAGGUGGCACGCGAACUCCGAGCUGCUGGACUAUAUAUACAAUCAAAUUUCUCCGCUUCGGUCAGCGUACGGUGUUAGAGAUCCAAGGCGUAUUGCGCCUUGUAGACAUUGGUCGGCAGAAUUGGAGAGUUAACCGGGAGGGAUAGUAAUGGUCUAACUGUAGCGGAAUGUUUGAAACUGAAUUGAGAUUUCGGAGGUCGCGCAAAGUAGAUCUCAGCAGUAGCUGAAGUUUUUUGUUUUUUCAUUUUGACAGACAGGGAGAAAGAGAACCAUCGAUCGAUUGAAGCUACAUGGUUAAGCUGACGACCUCAAUAGCGUCGAUUGUUUCGCUAAGCCAUUCAGUUGCCGUGUCAAUUAAUUGACCUUGAUAGUUGAUGUUGCUUGUUGUGUUUCGCUCCAUCUCAGCGUCGACAAGAACGAGCAGCGUCGCGACAUGUUGUUGUUUAUUAGUGUUCUCUGUCCAAGUGCUUUCUUUGGCAUCAUCAUUAUGCCCCACCUGUCAUUUAACUGUCCCAAAACAGCACGCCAUACCCCCCCGAGGAGAACGAUAUGAUGGAGAAGGUCUAGUGGAUCAGCAGCAGCAGCAGCAGCAGCAGACGGGUAGCAGCUUACCAUUUGCGGCGAUGGAGGACAGAAACAAAAUACUACAAGAGAAAAGAAAAGGAAGAGUCAAGGUCUAGUUCAGGUUGAGAUGAGAUGCUAGUUAAAGGAAAAAAGGGCGAAAUCCUAGGUGGGGUGAAGGUAGAGGAGUUGAGCAAGAGGGUCGUGGUUGCGAUUGCGAGGCGGAACAACUGCAGACAUUUCUAUUGGUCGUGGUACAGAACCUUUCUGGGCCCCAUGCCGGCGUAGUAUAGUCGUGCCUCUCGGCGGACGCACUUUGUCGACGCGGAUAUAUUUAGAAAAUGGUCGGAUUAGUGAAGCUCUAUGAGUGGUGCUCAGUAUCAUUGUGUGUCGGUAUCAAUGGAACUUAUAUGGUCUCUGCCUAUCCUCGCAUUCAACAUCCACAACUGUGAACAAUGAUUUUGAAGAUCGUCGAAUGAUCGUAGCAAAAAUUGUCUAUCGGAACGUGAACACACUGGUAUCAGCGACUCUAAGCGGCUGUCGCAACGAGAAGCCGCUGUGGCAGAAUCAUCGAAUCGAAUUGAUGCCGGGUCACCCAUUAGGUCCUCCAUGUCUUCCCUGCCUAUUCUCCGUCUUAUUCUGCCAUUCUCUCACUUAACUAGCUAAUUAACGCUCAGCUGAGAGCUGCCAGUACGGGUAGUGGUAGUAUGGCUAGAAGACAAGAGACUUCACCGCUCGCCCCGAACCCACAGUCAUCAUGUAUCAUCAUUGUAUAUCUUUGUGUAUAUUUUGGCCCUGUCAUGUAAAAAUAGGUAAGUUUUUGCCAACACACAAGGAAAAGACAAGAGAGAAGAGGCAAAAGCAACGAUAAAAACAAAUUAAAGAAAAAGUGUUUUAAAAGGGGGAGCAAAAAAGGAAAAAGAAAAGUCUGUUUGUGAACUCGAUCAAUCGAGUGGCUCCAGACGCGCGUUAUUCCGGCUGUGUAGCGUGUACAUAAUAAUAGGAGUAUAGGAAUGGUAAUAUUUAUAGUAAUUAUGCUAUACCAAUAACAGUAACACUUAUAACAGCUACAGCAAUUCUUCGUGGCACAGAACGAACGAACACUUUUACUCAUUGGACAACGCCAAGCAAAUCGAAGACAACAGAAAGCAAACAAAUAUACGGAUAGUAGAUAGUAUAAAGCAGCGAAGCACAAGGACGAUUGCCGAGGUGUCUGAAGAUUGCUUACGCAGAAUAACAUGGUAUAUAUCCACAAAUCAUAAUAAAAGGGCUCACAUAUACAUAUCCAUUAAAACAUACCAUAUACUAAUAGGGACACUUAAACUUACCUUUGUUGCUAGGAAAGACGCAUCUGUCACCCACUUUGUCACAGUGACGCCCUCCCUUAAAUGAAAUUGGCUUGCCUAUCUACGGCAGAUGGUUUUGUGUGCGGCCAUAAAGCUUGGUCGCUACCAACUUGAGGACCGCAGCUCGUUUGGCAAAACAAUAUUAAGUAUAACAAAUACAAAUAAUUUUGUCACCGUCCCCGUUGAAUUAGAUAGAACGUUGUUUAUCACCACCACCACCACCGCCGCGUUGAUUUUGAUAUAAGAAGAAGCCGAAUGGUCAACGUUAAACACGCUUGAGCAACACGAAGUUGAUAUUGAAUGUACUAAUAAAAAGACAAAAAAGACAAUAAAAAAAAGUUGGAGUCAUUUGGGGAUUCUUAGGGGAAAAGGACGGCCGCGAUAGAAAAACGUCCCCCUCGUAAAGUCCUCUAUUCGUAUUUGCCAACGUGUAAUUUCCUUGGCUCUUUAAUUUGAACAGGAACAGCAGAUAGAACGAAAGCGUUGAGAGAAUACAUGUUGAAAGUCCAGCACAAAGACCCACACAUCUCAUUCUGUACAAAGGACAAUGCAAAAACAAUGCAUUGAUUAUUAAUGUGUUGAUGUUUACCCGGCUGUCGAUCAUGCUACAGAAAAAAAAUCAGAACUAUCAAUAAAAUGGAAACCUAAA